GCAAGGAAAACUGAGACCGUUUCUUUUAAUGUUUUUGCAGGGUAGUAACCUAGUGACAAAUGAUCGAUGGCUCAGAGCUAUUAAACACCACUGAGAUGUUAGAAUUAUCUGUAGAACAGUUUGGUUGAAAGACGGACAAUAAGGCAGGAACUUGAGAUUUUAAUACUUGGACAACACACAAAAAUAAAAUAAAAAUGAAACCCAAUAAGACUCAUCCCAAGGCAUAUUUUGAUACCAAGGAAUUUGGGUCAGCUGUAACCCUUUUAUCCCAGGAAGAAGACUGUUGUGGGAAUUUCUCCAGCUUUAAGUGCUGUACCAGGAAAUGUUUCUGCAUCUCAGGCAUUGUGCUGUUAAGCCUGCUCACUGUUGCAUCUGGAGUCACACUCAUCAUGAUUUUUGGCAUUCCUCAACGUCCUCCUGUUAAUCGCUUCUGCACAACAGUCCAGAAUCUGUCAGGCUUCCUGUGUGAUGACAGAGUGACUUGUGUCAUGCCAUCUGAUGUCUGUAAUGGGGUUCAGAACUGUCCCAGUGGAGCUGAUGAGGACCCACUCAUGUGCAGUGACCCACCAAAAAACCUUCCAAGCAGACUAAUAUUCCAGUGUGGAAACCCUCAAUUCUGGAUUUUCAUUGACAGGAAAUGCAACUAUAUAAAUGAUUGUGGGGAUUGCUCAGACGAAAUUGGUGCCUAUGCAGAUUGCCCUGCCUGUGGGCCAGGGUGGUGGCCCUGCACCUCUGUGCUGUACAAAUACUGUGAGUGUAUCCCUCAGUGUUUGUGCCAGGAUGGUCGACAGGAGUGUUUCGACUGGUCUGAUGAGUACACUUGCACCAGAACUGCUUGUGCUGAGUGAUGUCACUACGAUCGAUAUAUAUAUAUAUAUAUAUAUAGAUCUUAAGUUACUUUAUUAAAUGCAAUUGCUAUAGUGACAUCACACCCAUACAUACUUGUUGAACAUCUCAUUCCAAAACCAUGGGCAUUAAUAUGGAUUAGGACCCCCUUUGUGGCUGUAACAGCCUCCACUCUUCUGGGAAGGCUUACCAGUAGAUUUUCACAAGAAGCAACUAUAUUUAACCAAAGAUUAAAUAUAAAUAUGAAUUCAAUAUUCAUUGUUUACAUACAUAGUUUGUUGGCCAAAAUACAAUAUGAAUAAUUCACAUUGGUUAUAUUGCUUCCUAAGUAUUUUUGCUGAUAACUUACUGUAUGCUAC